CCACAAAAUAUUCUUUGUUUUUACAGUUGUUUUCUAUGUCAUUCUUUUGUGUUCCCCGUUUAUAAUACUUAUGUUACCUGCAGUUUUGGCUAUUAUUGUAAUUAGUUUCUGCAUUGGAUUCUUCUUUUCAAUUCCAUUCUAUAUAUUGGCAGUAUACUUAUCUUACUUAAAUUAUUUUUAUGAAAUAAUAAUUGAAUUGCUAACAACUACACAACGUUACAUCAUCAAUUUUUUAGAUAUUCGCAGAGCUAGAUUGGAAGAAACAGAUUGGGCAGCGAUAGAUUGGUCGGAGAUAGAUUGGCUGUUACCGAUUGGAAGACGAUAG